AAAUGACCCAUGAAAACUACAAACCGACUUUCCCAUCAACCUUCGCUCGUCCGCACAACUCAAAGGCGUUGGGAGAGCAGAGUCUCUAAACACUUCUCACUAGAAAUUUCCCCAUAGUCGAAACAGGACACAGUUGACCGCCGCCUAAACAUAUAUAUAAAUCCAUCAAAAUCCUUGCUUUGAUCUUCUAUCAGAGAUCAUUCCAACCCUGAAGAAUGAAAACAAUUCUUCUUCUUUUUCUUCUUCUUCUGGUUCUAGUUCAUGGCCAGUCGGGUGAUAGAAUGGCUCCGAGCAGUUCGAUCGUGUACGGUGAAUCUUUAUCCUCUGCCGGAGGAAUCUUUGAAUUGGGUUUCUUCAGUCCCGGCGACGGCGGCAAGCACUACUUGGCCAUCUGGUUCAAGAGCAUCUCGGUGAUGACUGCGGUGUGGGUGGCCAACAGGGACAGCCCUUUGCAGAGCGCCCGGGGCUCGCUCAACCUCACCGCUGACGGGAAUCUUGUCCUUUUCAACAGCACCGGCUUCGUCGUCUGGUCGGCCGGCACGUCGGGCGCCGUAAACGCUUCUCUGCAGCUCCUGGACACCGGCAACCUUGUGCUCACAGGAGGCGCCGGCGAUGGCGCCGCUGUCGUCUGGCAAAGCUUCGACCACCCGACGGAUACUUUCCUCGCCGGCAUGAGGAUCGGAUUGGACCGCCGGAGGAACGUCGACAGGUAUCUGACCUCGUGGAAGACGGCUUCCGAUCCGUCGACGGGGGAGUUCUCUUACGUGAUGGAGAGCGAGGGAGUUCCGCAGUUGUUCUUGCGGAGAGGAGCCGGAGACGUCGUCUACCGCAGCGGGCCGUGGACUGGAAGAGGCUUCACCGGCCGGCCAAAGAUGGGGACUGAACCUCUGUUCCAGUUCGCUUACGCCGACGACCGGGAUGGGUUGUACUACACGUUUCAUGUUUCCGACCCUGAGAUUCUCACGCGGGCGUAUCUGGACGAGGCCGGAGUUUUCCGGCGCGUGACGUGGACGAAAGGGAGCGACCGGUGGAACCUGUUCUGGGACGUGCCGGAGGACCAGUGCGACCUGUACGGGACCUGCGGCCGCAACGGCGUCUGCACCACCGCCUACUCGCCUCGGUGCCAGUGCCUGCAGGGCUUCGUCCCCGCGUCCCACGAGUCCUGGAGCCUGAGGAACAACACCGACGGCUGUGCGAGGAGGACCGGCCUGAAUUGCUCCACCGACGGCUUCCUUCCCGUGCAGAACGUCAAGCUCCCCGACGCCGUCAACGCCACUGCCGCAAACAAGACCGCCGACGAGUGCAUGAGCUGGUGCCAGAGCAACUGCUCCUGCACCGCGUACGCUCUGAUCAGAGGCACCGAGUGCAUAGCUUGGUCCGGCGAUCUUCUCGACGUCAGAUCCUUCUCCGACGGAGGAGACGAAGUCUACAUUCGGCUCGCGGCUUCCGAGUUGGGAUCUCUAAGAGGCGGCGGCGCAGGGAAGAGAAAAGCCACCAAGGCAGUGUUCAUCUCUGUGGCGAGCAUUGCACUGGCGUCGGCUUGCUUCCUUCUAGCUCUGUGGCUGAGGUGCAGAAGAAGAACACAAGUAAAUGAAGAACAAAAACUAGAGCUGAAACUGUAUGAAAUGUCCACAAUAAGAGCAGCCACAAGUGAUUUCUCCAUGGAAAACCUUCUCGGUGAAGGUGGAUUUGGCCCUGUGUACAAGGGUGAAAUGGAAGAUGGACUGGAGGUUGCCGUCAAGAGAUUAUCUAAAGGCUCGGCGCAAGGCCUAGAGGAGUUCAGAAAUGAAGCUCUUCUGAUAGUGCAACUGCAGCACAAGAAUCUUGUUCGUUUGCUUGGAUGUUGCAUUGAGGAAGGCGAAAGGAUCUUGGUCUAUGAAUACAUGCCAAACAAGAGUUUGGAUACUUUUAUUUUCGAUAAAGCCAGGAGUGAACUGUUGGAUUGGGAUAAGCGGUUUGCGAUUAUUGUUGGAGUUGCUCGAGGGCUUCUUUACCUUCAUCAUGAUUCAAGAUUGAAGAUAAUACAUAGAGAUUUGAAGACGAGCAAUAUCCUUCUCGACUAUGAUAUGAAUCCGAAGAUAUCAGAUUUUGGAAUAGCAAAGCAUUUCAAAGUAGAUCAAAUUGAAGAAAGCACCGAAAUAAUAGCCGGGACAUAUGGAUAUAUGCCGCCUGAGUAUGCCAUGCAAGGUUUAUUUUCAGAGAAGUCCGAUGUCUUCGGCUUCGGUGUCAUACUCUUGGAAAUUUUAAGCGGAAAGAAGAGUAGAACAUUUGACAAAUCACAACCUCAUAAAAACCUCCUUAUACUUCAUGCAUGGAACCUUUGGAAGGAAGGAAGAUGCCUAGAACUCAUUUACAAAGCAAUGGGAGACUCGUGCCCAAAAUCAAAAGUUAAGAGAUUCAUUCAAGUAGGUCUUUUGUGUGUGCAAGAAAGAAGUGAUGACAGGCCGACCAUGGAGAAUGUGGUUGUAAUGUUAAGAAGCGAAGACGUUACACUACCGAAUCCCACUGAUGUUGCGAGCACACUACCAAAACCUAGUGAUAUCGUUGUCCACACGAUGAUCCCAACGAGUACAAACGAAAGGGAUUGGAGUUCUAUUAAUGAGCUAACAAUAACACAAUUAGAAGGUCGUUGAGUUGUCCUUCAUACAAAUAUUGUCGAUGGGGGAAUAAACAGAAUUAGAUUUUUCUCCUUAAGUUUAAAUGUACAACUACAUCCCAAUGUCUAUGCUGUAGUUGGCAGAUUAACAAUAAUAAUAAUCAUCAAUCUUUUAUCUCGAAUAUAUUUUUUAAAUU